UGGUGCUAGAGGAGGGAGGUGUGACAAAAAGUGUAACAAAACACAUAGACCGAGGAUGAGAAGAAGAGCUGUUAGUGGCAGUGGCAAGGAAACGAUGACAACACACGUGUUUAAUGCUAUGCUGAGGUUUCCUUCAUUCUAAGGAGGUUAUGAUUUAUUCUGCAAAAUGACACACACACUAUGGAUUCUUUGGGCGCUGUUGAUAUUCACACCCGGAGACCGCGUCUCCCCGGAGAACGCUCCCUGUCCAGAGGGUUCUCGGGUCCACCUGUCCAGCCUGCGGUGUUACUGGCUUUCCCGGACGACAUCGUCCUUUCCUGAGGCCUGGGAUUCGUGCAAAGAUGUUCACGGAGGAGACCUGGCAGCUGCCAACAGCCUGGAGCUACAAAACUUCCUCCAUCACUCCUUCCCAGCGGAAACCACUGUGUGGGUUUGGCUUAAGACUUCAGGGGGAGGGGGGUCUGACCAGGGUGGAGGUCUGGAGACAUCAGGUCAUGCAGGGUGGGCUGGACCCAGUGACAGUGGUGGGGGGUGCACUGUGAUGGCCUUGGGAACACUGGGGCCGGGGAGGAGAACACCGUGUGCUGGACAGUUCCACUUCCUCUGCGAAAGCCUAAUAACUGGCGUUUUGCCGACUACAGACAGUUACCUCACCGGACUGGUUCUGAUGAGUGGUGUGUACCCUCAGACCCAGAUAUUCCCCCUCCUCAGCGUUCCGGACACUGGACAGGACACAGUGGAGCUGCUGCUGUUUCCCGGCUUGUGGUUCAGUCAUGCCGGUCAGCUGGUAGCAGUAGAACUGGUCGUCAGGCCCAGCCCGCUGGCCUCUAUGGCCCGGGUCCAGAUCCUCCGACCCUACUGUGACCCCAACCUCCACUUGGUGCCUCCAGGUUGCAGCUCUCUUCUUAACCCCUUCAGCUGCUGCACAGCAGUGCCGCUGUGUAACACCACAGGAGGCUGCAGCGCGGGCCAGUACUGGUGCCCCCUGCUGGACACUUGUGUCCCUACCACCAGUCCCUGCAGCCCUUAUGACACUGCGGCGGCCGUCCGGGGCUUUGAAUCCCCUCCCAGGUACCUGGAGACGCCGCCCUUCUACCACAUGGUGGCAGACCUGCCUCUGGAAAUAGAGCCCAGCUCUGAACUGAAAACCACGAAGGUGCUUCUCCCAGAUCGAGCCAUCACGGUGUACCCGGAUGACGUGGUGGCCGUGCAGCACACUCGUGCCUCCGGAGCCUUCCUUCACUGCCUAAAGAGCGAGGCCUCUGUAAAUUCACCGUGGCGCCAGAGUUACCUCUCCCUCAUGGGGGCAGAGCGAGGAGGCUGGUGGAGGGCAGGCCUGACAUCACUGCCUCCAGCAGGCCAGUGGGUGGAUGGGGUGGUGUGUGAUCUGAGGAUGCUGUACGUGGACAGUCUUCACAGAGGAACUGAGCAAGAAGACGCGUUUGGCCUCACCCAUACAGAAGCGACCACGGCUCUGAGUCUGAUGACCGUCGGUCCUUCCCUGAGUCUGAGCCCUAAAUUUGGACUCAGUGUGAUCCAUCCCCUACCGGAUGCAAAGAGACACAUUCACAUCCAGAUCGACCUCUUAACACACAUCGUGAUAACGGCCUCGUCUGGGGCGGGUGCCACGAGCUCGUGGUCGGCCCCGGUGUCGCAGACCGGGGUCCCCUUUCUUCCGUCGCUCCCCCAUGAGGUCACUUCCUCCUGGCCCCAUGAUCAGAGGCCGUUCGGCGAGGCCUGGUACUCCUCUGUGACUCUGUCGCUGGCCUCGGUGGGGGUCCAAACAAUGAACAUCACCGCGAUGGAUGCCGAGAGCUCAGAGAGUCUGAGUGUGACUGUUUGUGGAUACGAGGCAGUGGCAGGGCUCAGCGUGGAGCCGCGCGGACUCACCAGGAUGCUCGUGAACAUUUCACAAGUAUUCAACGCUCAGCUGGAGAAGGGCUCCUCGGCGAAGUUCCGAUGGGUGACUGACGACCUAGAGAGUUCUGCACACGAGGGGGAGUCGUACAGGGCGCUGUUCCAGAAACCCGCUCAGCAUCGGCUCGAGGUCUCUGCAUCCAACCCGGUGAGUUCUCAGAGCCUGCAGCUGCUCCUGACGGUCGACGACGCGACUCUGCUGGCCGAGCCCGAGUUCCUGUCUGUUAGCGAGGUCGUAGCGGCCAACGCUACACACCCCUAUUGCCUAAGGGUGAAAGCAGACGUCUCCGCGCCUGUCACCUUCAGAUGGGAUUUCGGGGACAGACGUGGCAAAAUGACCACCAGCCGCCCAGCUCCAGGUCAGACCGUGUUAGGACUCAUGGAGGGACAAAUCAAGCAGGCGUAUGUCCAGGACUCAGUGAACUACACCUAUUCCACCCCAGGUGACUACACACUUCAUGUUCGAGUCGUCACCGAAUACGACAGCACGGAGGCGUCUGUGAAGAUAAACGUCCGCCGUCGGCUCGGUCACAUCCAGAUUUCCGCCUCGCCUCCGGUGCCCGUGGUCGAGCAGGCCGUUCUCCUGGAAGCUUCCUCAGAGCCCUCUGCAGCUUCUGUCCUCUACACGUGGGACUUUGGCGACGGGUCCCAGCGGGUGAACCACCCAGACGGGCCCGUCUCACACGUCUAUCAUUCCCCAGGGACCUACACAGCACGCGUAAGCGCCUCAAACGCUGUGAGCGAAGUGGAACGGUCUAUCACAGUAGAGGUGUUUGAGAGGUUAGACGGACUUCGGAUCCGGUGCUCGAGCCUCACAGACAACAAAUAUGUGCCGACCAGAGAGGAGCUGCGAUUCCUUGCUUCCAUUGCCAAAGGCUCCCAUGUCUCUUAUCGCUGGCUUGCUGUGCAAAGCAGGGUAAACCAGCAAACCACAGGCGACAGAGAGCUUUUCCGUCUGUUGGCCAAAACCCCUGGAGAGAUUUCAGUUCAGCUGGUAGCCUCAAACAAGCUAGGCGAGGCUACCACCGCUGUGUCAUUAAAGGCAGUCGAGCGCGUAGCGAGUGUCCAGAUUAAAACCCAGUCAAACGCUGUGGCUUUGGGGAAGCUGGUGCAGAUCUCUGUGUCCGCAUCCGUGGGGUCAGACCUGGAAUACCUCUGGUAUGUGGAUUCGGACUCGUCGCCCUUGACGACUCAGGCCCCCGUUCUUUUUCACACAUUCACACAUUUGGGCAGUUGCCUCGUCACAGUGUCUGUUCAGAAUGUCCUCAGCCAGAGUAACGCCACAGAGCGGUUCUCUGUCCAGCAGGCAGUCGAGGGGGUGGACUUCAAAAUAAAAGGCAUCACAGCUCCAUUUUAUGUCAGUUCGAGCACUGCCGUUACGCUCUGCGGGGUCUUUGCUGAGGGUAGUGAUCUGCGCUGGGACUGGACACUUCUAGAUCCCAGAAGCAGCGUAUUUAUUGCCACCAACCAGACCUUUUCCCACAGUUUCCCACAUUCUGGAUCGUAUCAGGUGUCUUUGAACGUCUCCAACGACAUCAGCUGGCAGGUGGUCUCCCACAGGGUGGUGGCACAGGACAGGGUCGAAGGCCUUCAUCUGAACGUUAGCAAGCCGCUCCUGUGCGCUGAAGAGGAGGUGACGCUUGUUCCGACCAUCUCCAGAGGAAGCAACGUAAGCUUCGCUGUAACAGUAAGAAACGGCGAGUGGAUCCAUAGUCAAAGCCGCGUCGAAGGGAAAUACACAACCUCAACUCUUCCAGUAGGGAGCAACUUAAUUACAGUGAGGGUUUGGAACCAGGUCAGCAGUGAAGAGCUGUCGACCGACGUUCUGGUCAUGGAGCGAGUUGGCGGUUUGAGUCUAGUUAACCGCUCCGUUGCUCUAGAGGCGCUAAAGGGAGCUCAUUUUAGGGCAGAGGUCCAACGUGGGGGUCCGGUCACCUACACGUGGACGUUCGGCACGGGGCCGGGGCCGGGGCCGGGGCCGGGGCCUGCGCUGCUCACGGGCCAGGAGGUGUCCUUCACUCCAGCAGAGAGCGGGUGGCUGUCUGUUAGCGUGGUAGCUAGCAACGGCGCGUGCUCGCGCGAGCUAACGGAGAUCAUCGCGGUUGAGCGGCCUGUGACCAUGAUCCAACUGCUCUGUGAUGCAGAAAGAAGCUUCCUUGGACGCGCGGUCGGGUUUUCCGCCACAGUAGACGGAGGAAGUAACCUCAGGUACCACUGGGACUUUGGCGAUUUCACCGAAGCCACAGUGACAGAAUCCAAGUUCGUCAGUCACACUUACCACCGCCCUGGGGAGUUCAGCGUGACGGUCCGAGCUGUGAACAGCGUUAGCCACGUGUCCACGCAGCUCCACGUGACGGUGGAGGAGCUCCCGUGUUCCAGCCCUCAGGCCUCUUUGGUCCAGAGCCGGACUACGAUCUUCAGGUCCAGACCAAGUUUCUUUGAAGCGAGCGUGACCGUUAACUGCUCUGCGUUCAAGCCGGCGUACCUGUGGGAGGUGUACGCGGGCUCAGACUGCGCUAACGCCUCUGGGAGCAGAACCGUUCUCAGGGGUGAAGCAGACGCAGCGUCGCCGUCGCUGUCGCUCCCGAAGAACUCUCUCCGCGUGGGACGGCACUGCCUGGUCUUUACACUUUCCCUCCGGGGAAGCCCUUUAUCUGCCCAGAGCAGGGCGACCGUCACGGUGGUCCACUCCCCGCUGGUGGCGCUCAUCAAGGGAGGCUCGUUCAGACUUUGGUCCAGCCUGAGCGACCUCAUCCUGGACGGAUCUGACUCCCAAGACCCGGACGAGGAGCCGGGGGAGGGGGAGUCGCUGCAAUAUCAAUGGACCUGUGUCACGCCGAGCUCUACAGAGGUUCAGUUCUUUAGUCAAUCAAGCACAACGAUGACGGUGCUCAGCUCCCAGCUGCAUGCGGGCACAGUCUACACCUUCACCCUCACCGUCCUCAAGACAGGCAGGACUCCAGCGUCAGCCAGCCAGACAGUGUCUGUGACUCCGGCUCCCGUGCUUCCUGUGACGCUGGAGUGCGUUUCCUGCUCGGUCGUCUCCUCCUCCCACCUCUUCACUCACACCAACGCCCUCAUCAUGUCUGGACAGUGUGGACAGUGUGGCGACAGUGCUCAGUACACGUGGAGAGCUGAAAGCCAGGCUGGUGGGAUUCUUGACCUCGAUGACAUCACUACGUCUACGGGGAGGCGUUCGCCCCACUUGGUGGUGCGUUCAGGGGUCCUCCAGCCGGGACUGAGCUAUACCUUCACUCUGAAUGUGUCCCAGCUGGGCAGAGGACGGUGGGGCGUCGCCAGCCUCUCUGUCCUCCCUAACAGCCCGCCACGCGGGGGCCUGUGUGAUCUGAGCCCAGAGUCAAAUAUACGUCUGCUGGAGACGGUGGUGACGUACAACUGCUCAGGGUGGCAAGAUGAUGAAAGCGAGGCCUCUCAGCUGAUAUAUAGCCUACAGGUGGCGCCGUGCCACCCCAUUAGUAAUGAAUGUCCCAUGCUCCUUUUAUACAGGGGCAUCCGCUCAGCCUUCAGCAGCGUGCUUCCAAUGGGGACUCAAAGGCAGGGCAGCGCCGGCUCAGUCGUCACUGCUGUGCUGCUGGUUGAAGAUCAUCUGGGGGCAAAGGUCACGGCUCUGAGCAAAACGCUGAGCAUGGAGAACCCCGCGUGGAGCCAAGGUGCCACUGACUGGCUUAAAAGCAGGAGCCAGAAGGAACUGCGGGCUUUGGUGCAACGUGGCGACCCUCAGGAGAUCGUCUCUUAUUCCACGGUGCUCACGGCUCAGCUCAACAAGAUGCAGGCUACGCUAAACGGCGCGGAGCUGAUGGACAGGAGGACGAUCAGGGAAACCGUGACCCGGGCCCUGACCUCUCUUCCCCUGUCCUCCAUGCUGGAUGUUGACCAGAUCAGUUCAGCGUUGGCUCAGUCCACUAACGUCCCCGCUGAGUUGGUGUGUGAAAACUGCCACAAGCAGCUCCUGAGAGCUGUGGGGGAGAUGAUCGGUUUGAUGGAGGACCAGCUGAUCCCCGGCGCUUCGGCGGCGGUUCGCACCGGAGGAAACAUCCUCAACAUUUUAGGUAGCACUCUGGCAGCGUCCGGCCUCCACUCAUCGGUCGCCCUGUCAGCACUGAGUCACACUGGCGCCUUAAUGCGCUCUCUGAUGAGGUCACAGUUUGCUGGCGUGGCCCCACUUUUGCUUUCCAACCCUUACAUCACUACGCUCGGUUUCCGUGGCGAUCCCUCCGACCUCCUGUGCACCGGCCACUUGAACCAACCCAGACGGUGGCAGAACUCACCGGCUGACGCAUCCAAUAGUUCUCAGUGUCUGUUUUCUAUUCCCGACUCUCUAACCGCCCACCUGAGGAGCCAGAGGACGGAGGUGGUGCAGGUGCUGGUUGCCGCGGACGGAGCAGCGGGUUCCGGCCCUUCGCCCGCUGCAGCCGGUCCUCCGAUCUCCACCGGCGUGGUCGCCAUGGAGAUCACCACUCCGCAAGGCCGGCCCGUGCACAUUAGAGACCUGCAGCCUGAGCAGGCCAUACGGGUGGCCCUGCACAACAGGGGCGGCGCUGGGAGCGGGACGUGCCUCGCGGUGACAUUAGCCACCGAGCAGCUGAACUUCACCGUCACGGCUCCAGACGAGCUGGGUGAAAACGCCGGCCUGUACCUGUCCUUCAGCUUCAGCCGGGCUCCAGGAUGCACUCGAGUGACGCUGGGACGUGUCAAGGUGGAAGUGAGCUCCUCGGGGCCAGAGGCUAAUGCAUCCCAUAAUUCCCUAGUGAGAGAGUGGGAUUUCACUCUCUCGGCCCAGAGCCUCUCCGCAGAGAGGACUGUCUUCCUUUCCCCACUUUUGAACGAGACCGACGAGCGUCUCUCUGUGAACGUGGCCACGUUGUCGGGUGGAGGCGAAUCCGUGCGUUUGUCCCUGUGCGCGUUCAGCUCCGUGUGUCGGUACUACAACCCGCAGGAGGCGCGAUGGAGCAGCGAGGGUUUGCGGCCGCUAGAGGGCAGCACGCUCCACACGGUUCACUGCCUCACGCAGCACCUCACCAUGUUUGGGGCCAGUCUGUUCCUCCAUCCUGGAGCUGUUGUUCUUCUGCAGCCGUCUGCCGGUCCUGUGCAGAGCGUGGUACCAGGGAUCGUGUGCGCCGUCCUGGUUCUGAUUCACCUGGUGGCGGGCCUCAUCGCUCAUAAACUGGACCACUUGGACGACCUGAGGCAGAGCCGGGUCCCCCUAUGUGGCCGCCCGGGGCUGUACCACUACAGAGUCCUGGUCAAGACCGGCUGGAGGCGCGGAGCAGGCACCUCCGCACAUGUUGGCAUCGGCCUGUAUGGCGUGAACAAGAGCGGCUCUCGCCAUCUGCAGAGGGACGGAGCCUUCCAGCGGGGCGGCCUGGACCAGUUUCAACUGGAGACGGACGAAAACCUGGGAGAAGUCUGGAAAAUUCGGAUCUGGCACGACAAUACAGGCCUGGACCCCUCCUGGUACCUGGAGCACGUGGUGGUGUGGGACGCUCAGACGGACCGCCUCUACUUCUUCCUCCUGAACGACUGGCUCUCUGUGGAGAGCGAGGGGAACGGCGCCGUGGAGAGGGAGGUCCUGGCCUCAUGUCCCGAGGAGCUUUGUGAGUUCCGCAGGGUCCUCGCCUCCCAGCUGCGGUUCGGGAUGAUGGAGCGCCACGCGUGGCUGUCGCUGUGGGCGCGUCCUGCACACAGCUGCGUCACCAGGGGUCAGCGGGUCGUGUGCAGCGCCGUUACCCUGCACCUCUACCUGGCACUGGGGGCUCUUUGGUACGGGGCCGUGGGCACCGAGGGCCACAGCGGGCCGGUGUCGGCUCGCCUGCUGCUCAACGCGGAGACGGUUGCCGUGGGGAUGACGCUGGCGUUGCUGGCGUUCCCUCUCCAGUGCUUGCUCGGUUUCCGGCUCAGAAAAUCUCCCAGCAAGGUAACCGUGGACAUGCUGGCUUCUCCCUCGCCCGACUGUCACUCCGUGGAGAUGGACAUCUACCUCGGCCAAUCAGGGCUCUCCAGCCCGUCCUUCGUAUCUCUGCCAGACACCUCUACAUCCGUGAGCGUGACCGGCUGCAGACACGUUAUACAGUAUCAUCAGCGUCAUCAUCUUCACCCUUCUUGCUAUUGUCUCCAGCUCCUGGAGAGCAAAGGGAUCGACUCCAGCCUCCUGGACUUCUGGGCUACUUCCGGCCUGGCUCCCCAGACACAGGCAGCGCGUGACGGUGAGGAAGCAGACGCCUGGUCGUGCGACAGCUUCUUCGAUCUGCCACUGAGCUCAGGCCACAGCGAGGCCUCAGCUCCACCCGCUGUGGGUGCUCUACGGCCCUUAAGGAGGAAAAAGGCUCUGCUGGAGCUGGGCCCCGUCGCCCCCUCCUCCUCCAGAUAUCAAUUUUUAAAAGGCAGUUCAGACUUUAAUAAGUCCCCUGAUGCUCCAGGACAGGAGGUCCUCACCGUGACAGCAAACCAGGCCCAAGGUCACAAGCACAGUCUGGCAACGUUUCUGACUCUGUCUGAGGAGGACCUGCUCACGUCUAUAGUCGCGGCAUCAGAGGACCCCGCGGCGUCGACCCCGGGCAGCUCGGACAGCGGCUGGGACUCGCCCGCGGCCCCGUCCUCGCUCUCCCCCGCCUGGAGCUCGUCCUGCAGCAGCUGGUCGGACCGCUCCCUGCGCUCCUCGCUCCGCCGCUGCCCCUCCGCGCUGUCCGUGGACUCGGUGGCCAGCACCUUCCUGCCGAGCCCCUCUCCCGACUCUGCGCGCUCCUCGUUCUCCACGCGCAUAGGCGUGGCUCGGGGUCCGCCCGGCCGCUCGCUGCCCCCCUGGGCUCUGUGUGCGGCCCCUCCUCUGCUCGCCGUCCUCCUGGGAACCUCCCUGGCCGUGAUCGGGCUCUACGGCAGCUUCCUCCCCAGACCCGCGGUCCUCAUGUGGCUGGUGUCGGCCCUGUGCGCCUUCCUCGCCUCUGCCGUGCUGCUGGAGCCCCUCAAGGUGUGCGCGGGGGCCUUGAUCUGCGCCGCGGUGUGGCGGCCCGUGGAUCCGGAGGUGGAGGAGCAGCUGGCUCGCGACGCGGCGGCGGUGAGGGCGCUCGGGGAGCGCUGCAGGAAGGUGCGGCCGCCGGGCGGCUUCGGGCUGCUGCAGGCCAAAGAGGAGGCCCGCAAGGUCCAAGCGCUGAGGUCCCUCAUGAGGCGCUGCGUGGGCCAGCUGUUCUUUGUGAUGCUGGUGCUGAUGGUGAACUACCAGGACAGCGUGGGGCAGAGCCAGGGCAGGCGGCUGCAGUCCUGGGUCAGACGCGGCCUUCAUGCGGCGCCCCCUGGAGGCAAUAACCUCACGUCACUCAGAGACUGGUCGGACGCGGAGCGGUGGCUCGGCGGCGCCCUGGUCCGACACCUCCACCAGAACCCGUCCCUGCGCCUCGUCGGGUCGGCCCGGCUGCGGCACGGCGAGGGCGGCCUCGUCCUGGGGAACAGCAGCGAGGCGACGCGGCGGCUCCUCGCCGGGCUGCGCGUGGCCCGGUGGAGCAGGAAGAUGUUUAAAACGCUUUCUGUCGACUUCACACAGCACCACAGACAGUCUGGCCUACUGGUGUGUGUUUCUCUACAGUUAGCAUGGAACGAGGCACAGACACUCACUCCCUCCCUCUCUAUCUAUCCACUCCUCAUCCCUCCAUCCGCCUCAGGACUGGACCUACAGGGGGCGCUCAUGGUUCUUCUCCUGGUAGCUGCUCUGCUCAUCUUCUUCGCAGAGAUGUGGUCUCUGGCUACUGAGCGCGCUCAGUACCUGCGUCAGUGCAAACACUGGCUCCAGCUGCUCCUGGCGCUGUUGUCACUGGCAACAGCUGUUCUGCAUCUGUCCUUCCUGUCGCUCGCCGCUUCGUGCGUUUCCGAGCUUCAGUCCCGGCCAGACGGCUUCAUCAGCUUCCACAGCGCGGCCCUUCGGGUGCAGAGGUCUUCUCAGUGCGCUGCCGUCCUCCUGACUCUGCUGCUUCUAAAGGCGCUGCGGACCUUGCGCUUCGUGCGGCGGUGGGCGGCGAUGGGCCGGGUGCUGCGCGGAGCCUGGAGGGAGCUGUGGGCCUUCGCCGUGCUCCUGCUGCUGCUGCUGCUGCUGCUGCUCUGCGUUCACCUUGGCGAUGCGCUUCUCCCCCGUUCGCUGGGAGGCUUCCCGUCUGCACGCGAGGCCUGGGUGUCGGCGCUGUCGGCGCUGCGAGGCCGAGGCGCUCUCCGAAGAAUGUGCAGAGCGCACCCGGCCGUGGGUCCAGUCUAUGGGCUGCUGCUGAUACGCGGGGCGUUCUGGCUCCUGGCCAGACUCUGUGGAGCUGUUCUCAUUCGCACAUACAGGGAAGAGCGGGCGGAGUUGUACCAUCCAGCAGUUGAACCCCAGGACUAUGAGAUGGUGGAGUUCUUCAUCAAGAGACUCAAGCUGUGGCUGGGUCUCACCAAAGCUAGAGAGUUUCGACACAGAGUGACCUUCGAGGGCAUGGAUGCGCCUCCUUCCAGGUCCUCCCAGGAUUCCCGUCUCUCCACGGCCUCAUCCACUCUCCCCUUCUCCCGCUCCCCGUCCUUCUAUUCUUCGGCUUCGUCCCCUUCCUCUCUGUCCUCAGUCCUCUCCACGGCGUCCGGAGACUCGUCAGCAUCGGAGGCGGCCUCCGGCGUCCUGUCGCACGGCGACCGCCUGCUGCCCUGCGUCAACGCCGUCCUCUCUCAGUUCGACCGGGUGAUCCAGAUAUCAGAGGAGGUCCACAACCUGGAAAUGAAGCUGGAUGAGGCCGAGACCAGGAGAAGGAGGAGACGGAUUGUUGAUGAGGGGAAAUCUGCUGAAAGCUUCAGAGAGGAAAAAAAUGUGAAGGAAGGGGAAGAUGAAGGAAGGGUUCCAGCAGAAGUCAGACGCAGGAAGACGGGGGUCUUCUAUCCCCGGCAACGUGUCUCCCUCCCAUCAUGCUUCCCCUUCAAUACGUCCACACUGCCCUCGAACCGCAUCUACCUCCAGACUCAGAACUCACACUCUGACUUCGAUUCAGUCCUGCCUCAGGUGUUUAGCAGCAAACACAGCUUUGAAGCCAACCCCAUAGCUGGAAGCCGGAGUUCAUGUCCCACAGCCUCACCGGACUAUGGACCGUUCCCCAGGAGGAGAGCGUGGCAUUCUGGGAUCUCUCAUUCCGCCGAUGCAGCGCAGAGAGCCUGUCUCCUGCACGGAGGAGCUGUCCCGUGUUUACAGCUGACAGAUAUCAGACCCAGGAGUGAGGAGGGGAUAAAAAGGCGAGUCAGCGAUGGAGUUCCUGUGAAGAGGAAGGCUUGGAUCUCUGAGGGACCAGACACACAGGACUAACCACUAGCUUACACCCUGGGAGUGUGAAGGCUGAACAAAAUGUCUUCCUCUGAAACCUUUCCAAAAAAAAAACACGAUUGAAAUUAUACAUUUCAUGACAAAUUCGUAGUACUUUGUUAAAGACUUGUUAGAGACUGUUUGACUAAAAAUGUAUUAUUAGUUGUAGUUUUUUAACUCAUCUACUCUGUAUUGACACAACUAUUGUUUACAAUAGUGCAAUUGUACCCCACAGGUGAAUAAAGACACGUGGGCUGGA